ACGGCGGCGGGGACUAGUCGUUGAGGCUGCGAGACGAGCCAGACACCUGCGGACGUCGCCCGACUCGGCCGGGCCCGCGCCGGAGAGAGUAGCAGCUCCAUCCGAACAGGGACUAUGAGAAAAUGGUCGGGCAAACGAGGAACAAGCUCAAAGAAGCGGCCUCAGAGCCGUCGUACUCUCUCCGCUCCACGCAGUCUAAGCAGCGGCGGCGCCGGGCCACCGGAGCCGGAGAGCCGGAGUUGGACGAGGAGCCGAAGGGGAAGGUGAAAAAGACGGAGCUGCCUUUGCCCGCACGCGGGGGGAACCUGCCAGGGGGCGCCCGGAAGUACUCGCCGCGGAGGACCCGAAACCUGAACGCGCAGAAUUGCCUGCAAAUGGAAGUGGUCGGAAGGACCGUUCUUCUCGGCCGCUUUCAAUUCCUCAGAUGUUUCAUGGAGCAGCUCCGCGAUAAGGUGCAUCUAUUGCGGAGAUAUCAGUUCACGGGCAGUAUGACCCUCAGCAUAGCUGUCUUUGUGGCAAUUUUGCACUGGAUACAUUUAAUAACACUUUUUGAAAAUGAUCGUCAUUUUUCUCACCUCUCAUCCUUGGAACGGGAGAUGACUUUUCGCACUGAAAUGGGACUUUAUUAUUCCUACUUCAAAACCAUUAUCGAAGCACCUUCAUUUUUGGAAGGACUAUGGAUGAUUAUGAAUGACAAGCUUACUGAAUAUCCCCUUGCAAUUAAUACAGUGAAACGCUUCCAUCUUUAUCCAGAGGUGAUUAUAGCCUUCUGGUAUCGCACAUUUAUGGGAAUAAUGAAUUUAUUUGGGCUGGAAACAAAGACCUGCUGGAAUGUGACGAGAGUAGAACCUCUAAAUGAAGUUCAAAGCUGUGAAGGAUUGGGAGACCCUGCUUGCUUUUAUGUUGGUGUGAUUUUUAUUUUAAAUGGAAUAAUGAUGGGAUUGUUCUUCAUAUAUGGUGCAUACUUGAGUGGGACUCAACUUGGAGGUCUAAUUACAGUAUUAUGCUACUUUUUCAACCAUGGAGAGGCUACUCGGGUGAUGUGGACACCACCUCUCCGGGAAAGUUUUUCAUAUCCAUUUCUUGUACUUCAGAUGUACAUCUUAACUGUGAUUCUCAGGACAUCGAACAAUAGUAAAAAGCAUUUUAUUGCACUGUGCCUUUCCAAUGUUGCUUUUAUGCUUCCCUGGCAAUUUGCUCAGUUUAUACUUUUUACACAGAUAGCCUCAUUAUUUCCCAUGUAUGUUGUGGGGUACAUUGAGCCAAAAAAAUUUCGGAAGAUCAUCUAUAUGAACAUGGUUUCGGUUCUCCUUUGUUUUGUAUUGAUGUUUGGAAAUCCAAUGUAUUUAUCUUCUUAUUAUUCUUCGUCUCUAUUGAUGACAUUGGUGAUAAUUCUAAGGAGAAAUAAAAUUCAAAGAUUGGAUGCAUCUGAACUCCACUUUUGGAUAAUUCAAGGAAGUGCUUGGUUUUGUGGGACAAUCAUUCUGAAAUUUCUGACAUCUAAAAUUUUAGGUGUUUCAGACCAUAUUGGCCUGAGUGACCUUAUUGCAGCCAGAAUCUUAAGAUAUACAGAUUUUGAUACUUUAAUUUACACCUGUGCUCCUGAAUUUGACUUCAUGGAAAAAGCGACGCCACUGAGAUACACAGAGACAUUGUUGCUUCCAAUCGUUAUUGCGAUUACUUAUUUUAUCUUUAAAAAGGCUUUUCGUGAUAUUUUACGUGUCUUAUCUGCAAACACUUAUCUGAGAAAACAUCUCCUUGAACGUGGUGAGCUAAUUUUUCACAUAUUGCAGUUGUUUGCAUUUGCUUCCCUUGCCAUUUUAAUUAUGAGGCUGAAGCUCUUUUUGACACCUCACAUGUGUGUUAUGGCUUCCUUGAUAUGCUCUCGGCGGCUCUUUGGCUGGCUUUUUCGGAGAGUUCGUUUUGAGAAUGUUAUCUUUGGCAUUCUAACAGUGAUGUCAAUACAAGGUUGUACAAACCUCCAUAAUCAAUGGAACAUAAUAGGAGAAUUUAAUAAUUUGCCCCAGGAAGAACUGAUACAGUGGAUCAAACACAAUACCAGACCGGAUGCUGUUUUUGCUGGUGCCAUGCCUACAAUGGCAAGUGUCAAGCUCUCCACUCUUCACCCCAUUGUGAAUCACCCACAUUAUGAGGAUGCAGGCUUGAGAGCUCGGACAAAAAUAGUUUAUUCUGCAUAUAGUCGAAAAUCUGCAAAAGAAGUGAGAGAUAAGUUGGUGGAGUUACAUGUGAAUUACUACAUUUUAGAAGAGGCGUGGUGUGUUGUAAGAACUAAGCCUGGUUGCAGUAUGCUUGAAAUUUGGGAUGUGGAAGACCCUUCCAACUCAGCUAACCCUCCCUUAUGUAGCGUCUUGCUCAAGGAUGAGAGGCCGUACUUCACCACAGUGUUUCAGAAUAGUAUGUACAGAGUGUUAAAGGUUAACUGCUAACGAGACUACCCUUUACACUGUGGUGCAAA